AUGCUCGUGGGGAGCAUCAUGCAUCUCCCACCUGAGCUUCACGACGAGAUCCUCCUUCACCUAGACAGACAAGACAUCGCCUCAUACCGCCUCGUAUGCCGCAACUUCGCUAUCGCAGGGACAGCCCCGUUAUUCUCCCGCCUGCACUUCCGCACCUCAGUAGAAAGCUUACACCGCCUGUCACAAUUCUCCAAGCUCAAAAGCGGUCGCCAUGUCAAGCAUCUCCUCUGGAACACUACAGGCUCCGAGUUUGAAGCAAGAGCUUUCCUAGAAGGCUUCCGCAUGCGCGAGAUGAAAUACAUCCUCGGACGAGCGUCUCCUAGCCUGCCCACACGCACUGUGACACUACCCGAACCGUGCCCACCCUCACCCCCAUAUUCAUCAUCAGAAAUUGAAGAAGAUGGAAAGGUGGAAUUGCAAUUAAGCUGUAGUCUAGGCGUCUUCCUGCUCACCACCAUCUUCUCCGGCUUUCCUAAUCUAAAGAGCCUCUACAUCCUCACCUCGCGCACCUCCCCCAGCGCCUUCACCCAAGACGGCUGGGCUACCCGCUCUCUCACAUCCGCUCCGGACCCUUGGCCUUCAGAAUGGAAAGUAACACACGGCUGUCCUCGCUGCUGCGGCCUCUGCCAAGCUAUCCAGAGCAACGGUCGCUACGAGAUGCAGGUCGCAGCCCUCGCGGCGUAUAGCGCAGGCUGCCCUUUAACGCAGCUGCGCGUGGAGCAUCUGAAGUUUUUGGAUUCGAAUUCAGGUGCGGUAGUGCAAGGGUAUGAAACAGCGUUGGGGAAUGUGGAGGAGUUGGAUUUGGUGUUCGGUAUGCGGACUCGAUCCGUGGUCCAUAUCCAGCAGAUCUUCAAGGCGACGCCAAAGCUUAAAGUGCUGAAGCUGUGGCUCAACUCUGCGAGCUGGUGGGCGGACACGGAUCACACCGCGCCUCUACCCAAUCUCAAAGACAUCUUUCCCUCGCCGGAGGCUUUCCCUGCACUCCGUCAGCUCGAGCUCCACCAGCUCGACGUGGCAGAGGACUUUCUAGAAGCGUUUCUGUUAAGCCAUGCCAGGACGCUCAUGGUUCUCAAGUUGCAUCGCAUGCGGCUUAAUGCAGGUGGUUUAUGGGUGUCGCUGCUUAAGCGAUUGCACGGGAGACUGCGGGCGCUGGAGGAGGUGUGGCUGGAUGGAGAGUUUGAAGAUGGUGUUUCAUACAUAGAUGGGACUGGCUGGGAUAUGGACUCAUCCCUUGGUCGUAUCUGGGAGGCUCAAUUGCUAGGGAGGGAGGAAGGCGUGAAGGAUGGUUGA